AAUAAUUAAAAAUUAUCAUUAAGAAAAAUAUUAGAAAAAUUAAUCAACCAACAGCUUUAAUUAAAUAUUUGCGAAACAUUCAUUCAAUCUAUCAUUUAAAAUAUUUGUUUUGCAGUAUUUGCUACAUAAAAUAAAGUAGAAUUAGUAUAUAGGAAUUUAAAUUUUGAAAGUAAAAACUAUCUCUGCUGUUCAUUAAAACAUAUACUCAAAUAAAUGGAAGAAUUUAAAGGAUAAUUUGAAUCAUUUAACAAGCUUGACGGUGAUAAUAGCAUUUCAAAAUUACCAAUCAGUCAUGCUUAAAUGGCAGCUUUCAAAGCAUAAAGUGAUCUAUCCACAAACUCAGAAACAAGUGAGGAAUUUAGAUAAAAAUCUAUUUUUGGAGGAGAAAAUGAUCAAAAAUUUUAGAUGGAAUCACCUAAUUUUUAAGUAGGGAAUUUUACAAAAAAGGAUUAGAUUGAUUCAGCUGCUAACGGAUUCUUUGGUUAAAGCAAUUUUUCAGGAAAAAUGGGAAUCGAAAUGAAUAAUCCUAAUUCGAUAAGCACUCGUAUAACUACUAAUACUAAUAGAGUUUUAAAUAAUUCUAAUGGAAUUUCUGAUACUCCCUCAUCAACAUAUAGCAAUGAAGGCAAAAGAUAUGAGUUCAAAAGUAAAUAUGACGAAUACAAAGCAAAAACUUAAUCUCAAACACAAUCUGUUUCUUAAAUCCCUUAGCAAUCUUCUUUAUUGUUUGACAGAAAAGCUCCUUUAGGGUUAGGGGAUACAACCGUUUCAAUAAAUAAUGAAAACAAUGUUCCUUUCAAUCCAUACUCAAAAAUGUAGCGCCCUGGAACUGGAGAAGGUUUUAUGCCUUCUUUAUAAAGCUAGCCUUAUGAAUUGACAAGCAAAUAUCGUUUUAAUAAUGACUCAACUAAAAACACCAGCUAAAAUAUUUCAUCAAAUAGUGGAUACUCUGGUAUGAAUAAUCAUAUGUCUAAUCAAUAAUUUUUUGAUAUUGGUGAUGAACAAGAUAAGAGUUAUUUCAAAAUAUCCAGUAAUUUAACUCCAACCAGAAUGAAUAAAAAUAGUGGUGGUUUAUUUAGCUAAGGUUAAGGUUUAAAUUUCCCAAAUAAUAAUAAUAAUAUAGGGAAUUUCUCAAAUUCUUUCUUAAACAACAAUCCUAUGUCACUAAAUAGUCACAACACAAGUGGAAUAUAAGAAAAUGCAAACACUUAUGGAAGAAAACUUAGCGUGGAUUAAUUUAAAAGAAAUAUUGAUUUUGAAAGCUCUCUAAAUAAUAGAGAAUUAUCUAAUGACAGCAAAUUACAAUUUAACAAUAUAAAAAAGGUUAAUUAUCCUUCUAAUCUGCCAACAAAUGGGUUCAAAAGCCUAGGAGAGUCAAGAAUAAGAUCAUCAGGAUUGUAAUAAUUGCCUUAAAUGAAUGCAGGAGGUUUGUAAAAUGGUCAACCUCCUCUAAGACCUCCAAAAUAUCCUGGAAGUGCACAUAAAUCAAACAGUUAUGAGCAAUCUAUAGGAGAAACAAGCCAACAAAUAUUGAAUAAUUAAAAAAUGCAAAAUGUUGUAAAGAAAAAUAAUUUAAAUAUCCCAACUGAUAUCCUAACAUAUGAUUAGGACUAUUUCCCUUAGUAUACUAUGUUUUUGCUUGCUGAAGAAGAAAAAAAUUUAAGCAAUUACAGAGAAAGAGUAGAGAAGGAGAAGUAAAAAAUUGAAGCAGAUUUUGAUCACAUGAAACAUGAAAUGAAUAAUUUGCUAGAUGAUUUAAAAAUAGAACUAACAACAGGUGUAGAUGAACACUUUAAAUCAUUUAUUGAGCGUUAUAAAACUUUUAAGUCUGAAGUGAUAGAAUUCAAAAGUAUUAAAGCAGAUUUGCCUAAUAUUUAAGCUCCUCCUCCAAGUUAAAUAGAUUAAAAGAAUGCAUCAAAUGUACAAUUGAUAAAAGAACUAGAAGAACUACGUUACAGAAACCAAAUGUCUAAAUUAUACCAAUAUAUUGGAGAGUUAUAGAAAGCAAAUAUAAAUAGAAUUUUGCAAGCCUCUUAAUUGUUGCUUGGCUAAAUGAGUAGCAGUGCAAGUCUCUAUAAUUCUGAAGGAUGCUAAAAAUAACUAAAGGAGCUAAAAAAUAUGUUUGCUAUGAACCUCUCCCAACGUUUUGACCCUUUAAGCAAUUACGUUAGAUAAGUUUAUAACUAACCUCCAAAUAUUUAAGCCCUUGACAUGAAUAACAUAAAUGCAAGUACAUUUAUUCCUAAUCUUAUGUAAUAAUAGAAUAGCCCAACAUAGUAGUAACAAUAAUAUUAAUUCAGUGCUCCUCAUCCUUUGGGAAAUCCUCCUACUCUAUUUAAUGGCUCCAUCAGCAAUUUUAACUCUAUUUAACAUCCAGCUUUAUAAUCACAUGCUUAUUUAGCUGAUUCACCAUCUAGAUCUAACACAGAUUAGCAAUUUUAAUUCCCCUAACAUUAAAACUAAAUGAUAAAUAUGAAUUUGCUUAAUCAUUUUAGAGCUAUGAAGGAAGACAUCCCUGAAAAUCAAAAUGCAAAAAUUAAUUAAGAAAUUCCUAACUUUGGUUCAUAAAUGAACAGCCAAAAUGAGGAACAAUAUAGUCAACCAUUUCCAUUAAAACAAAUGUAGGAUAUGUUCUAACCAUAGUAAGGCUAACAACAACAAUAAAAUCAAUAGUUUUAAUAGAUGCAAUAAUUUUCUCAACCAUUUAUAAUUUAAAAUUAAGAUGAAAACUGA